AUGAGGACUCUGAGGGCGGGUUCAGGGGACCUGUCGCCCCAUAGAGAGGGGUCUCGCCGAAGCUUGUCCCCGCUGUCAGCCCUGGGAGGCCACACAGCAGGGUUGCCAAGCGUGGUGUUUCCUGACUUCCACUUCGGGAGUCUGAGGGAGUUCAUGAUCCUCAAGUAUCGAUUGAAAGAGCCCAUCACAAAGGCAGAAAUGCUGAAGAUUGUCAUCAAAAGGUACAAGAAACGAUUUUCUCUGAUCUUCAAGAAAGCUUCUAAGUGCUUGGAGGUGAUCUCUGGCCUUGACGUGAAGGAAGUGGACCCCACCAUCCACUCCUAUGUCCUUGUCAACUCACUGGACCUCACCCAUGAUGAGAUGCUUAGUGACAACCAGAGCAUGCCUAAAAACGGCCUCCUGUUAAUCAUCCUGGGUGUGAUCUUCAUAGAGGGCAACUGUGCCCCUGAGGAAGACAUCUGGGAUUUCCUGAAUACGAUGGGAGUGUAUGCUGGGAGGGAGCACUUCAUUUAUGGGGAGCCCAGGAAGCUCAUUACCAGAGAUUGGGUGCAGGAGAAUUACCUGGAGCACCGGCAGGUGCCUAAUAGUGAUCCUGCACGCUAUGAAUUCCUGUGGGGUCCAAGGGCCCAUGUUGAAACCAGCAAGAUGAAAGUUCUGGAAUUUUUGGCCAAGAUCGAAGGGACUGACCCAAUUUCCUUCUCCUGCUGGUAUGAAGAGGCUUUAAGAGAUGAGGAAGAGAGAGCUCGGCCCAGAAUUGGCCCCAUGGAUAGUCCUACUGCCAUGUUCAUUGCACAGCGUUGGUCAGCAGCUUCUCCUGCCCCAACUGAAGAAUGAACCCAAAUCUUCACUCUCUUUGAAAAGGGCAGUCAAAAUUCUAAGUAGAAGAGGGUUGGGGUCAGGCUGGGAAAACACAGUGUACAACAACUUUGUGUUCCUGUUCUGUGUG